AUGCAGAACUCAAAAAAUGGAAGACUCCUGUCAGUGUGUUCCCGGGUCUUUGCUGUGAAGACUCAGGCGUUUACAUCUCUUUCCAAGCCGGCACUCCGUAAGGGCAAGUCAUUAUUCAGCUCGAGCGCCAAGAUCGUCAAGCCCAAUGGCGAGAAGCCGGACGAGUUCGAGUCCGGCAUCUCUCAGGCGCUGCUCGAGCUGGAGAUGAACUCGGAUCUCAAGGCGCAGCUGCGGGAGCUCAACAUCACUGCGGCCAAGGAAAUUGAAGUUGGCGGUGGCCCGAAAGCCAUCAUAAUUUUUGUACCAGUUCCUCAGCUGAAAUCCUUCCAAAAAAUCCAAGUCCGGCUGGUUCGUGAAUUGGAGAAAAAGUUCAGCGGGAAACACGUAGUCUUCAUUGCUCAGAGGAGGAUUCUGCCCAAGCCAACUCGGAAAAGCCGUACGAAAAAUAAGCAGAAGCGCCCCAGAAGCCGCACGCUCACCGCAGUGCACGAUGCCAUCCUUGAGGACUUGGUCUUCCUGAGGGAGAUUGUGGGCAAGAGGAUCCGUGUGAAACUGGACGGCAGCCGGCUCAUAAAGGUUCAUUUAGACAAAGCACAGCAGAACAAUGUGGAGCACAAGGUGGAAACGUUUUCUGGUGUGUAUAAGAAGCUCACGGGCAAGGAUGUUAAUUUUGAAAAUGACUGA